CCAAUACUCUCUCACUUUCCAUCUUCACAAUCCUUGUGUUGAUGCUGCAACUCGAUUUCUUCUCAUCAAAUGCAGAAGCUGCAGGAGUGAAAGGAGGGUACUGGUAUUAUGACAGUGGUCUUGAUGCUUCAGCCAUUGAUUCCUCUUACUUCACACAUCUCUUCUGUGCUUUUGCAGAUUUAGAUUCAAACACCAACAAGAUCACAUUACCUUCAUCCACCUUCUCAACCUUCACACAAACCGUUCAGAAAAAGAACCCUGCAGUGAAAACCCUUCUCUCCAUAGGAGGAGGUGGAGGUCCUACUUUAGCAUCAAAGUUUUCUACAAUGGCUACACAGAACAGCUCCCGCAAGACCUUCAUAGACUCUUCGAUUCAAGUAGCAAGAGCAAAUAACUUCCAUGGCCUUGAUCUUGAUUGGGAGUACCCUAACUCAAACACAGACAAGACCAACCUUGGUUUUCUCCUCAAUGAGUGGAGAGCAGCCAUUAAACAAGAAGCUAGAAUCUCAGGAAAAACACAACUUUUGUUGUCUGGUGCAGUUUCUGGCUCUAACCAGAUAUCACCAUUGCAAUAUUACCCUGCUCAAGGUAUCACCAACAACAUGGAUUGGAUCAACGUUAUGGUCUAUGAUCUUUUCAUUCCAGAUGGGUAUAGAAACUCAACACAGCCACCAGCACCGUUGUACAAUCCAAGUGGAAUAUUCAGUGGAUCUGAAGGAAUCAAUGUUUCAUGGAUUAACCAGCUUAAAGUUCCACCCAACAAACUAGCAAUUGGGUUACCCUUUUAUGGUUAUGCAUGGACUUUGGUGAAUGCUAAUGUUCAUGGAUUGUUUGCGGGUGCUAAUGGUGCUGGUUCAAUUCCUUCUGGAGGUUCAACUCCUGUGUAUAGGGAUAUCAGGAGUUUCAUAAAUAAUGGGGCACAAACUGUGUAUAAUUCAACUUAUGUGACGAAUUAUUGUUAUUCUGGAACUACUUGGGUUGGUUAUGAUGAUACUCAGAGUGUUUCUGCUAAGGUUAGUUAUGCUAAGAGCAUUGGAUUGAUUGGAUAUUUUGCAUGGCAAGUUGGUGGGGACGAUAAUAAUUGGACACUUUCCAAAACUGCUUCUAGUAUUUGGGGACCUUAAGAACGAAGGCCACGGCUCAUCAGAUCAGGGGACAGGGCCUAACUGAUGUAAGCUAUAACAAAGGCCAGGCGAGGGAAAAUAAAUAAGUAAAUAAAUGUUUCUAUUUCUUAAUGUUAAAGGUGGACAAUGUUAUAUCAAACAUAUAAAUAAAGGAUUCCCCUAAUGAAAUAUGCAUACAAUCCCUACAAUGGGCUCUUUAUUAGGCCCAAAUUGAAAUUAAAGCUGAAAAUUAAUUCUAAUCCUAUUAUAGCUGUUUACUUUAAUACACUACCAAGUUUUUGCUAUUUCCACUUUUUUCCCAAAUUCCCAAUCCCUUUUGUUACGCUGUUUCUCCUCCCUCCUCUCACUCAAACCCUCCCAAUUCGCUGCAGAGCCCCUUGACGGCGCUAGAACCCUGAGCCCCGCAACCUGCAACCGAGGAAGGUCACAGGUGAACGCAAGCGACCUGUGCGUUGCCCUCAAGCUCGGCGCCGUCGCUGAACAUCUGGCCUUCACUGCAACCUAGUUGCCGGGCGAGACGCUGCCGAUCAGAACUGCCGCCAGGGUAUUGGAUGUUUGGUGUUCAUGAUAGAUUUUUGGUGUUCAUGAUAUAUUUUUUUUGUCCCUUUAAUUGGAUGAAAACUGUAGUAAGUAAUCAGAUUGUUAGUUUUCACAUUCACAUGUAUCCAUGCUUAUUAUAGUUUUUAUUUUAUUUAGAUGUUUUUCUUUUU